AACAGUGUCUCUGGCAUAUAUAUAAAAAAAACAUGGCUGCGCAUUAUUUGUAAUCAUGUAGUGCGAACAAGAAUAUCAAACAAAUAGAUUUUAUUAUAUUUUCAUAAAGAUUCCCUGUUAUGGACGACACAUUCCAAAGAACAAAUAAAUUUAAUCAAAUUUGUGUAAAUCAGUGAUUAAAUAAUUUAAAAUUAUGCCCUCAAAACAUGGGCGUAGUUUAUCACACGAAGAUUUAAGAAGUGCACAGGACUGUGAGAAGGAAUUUCUUUUGGAAUACGACAGCGACAUGGAAGAGGAAACAGUACACGUCCAUAGAAGCUCGGCCAGUGGUGAAGUUCAUGUGGAUGGGAAAAUUUCAAGUGUGAAAAUACAAAUAAAAGAGGUGACUGAUACGAUGCGUGAUAAUGUACAAAAAGUAAUGGAAAGAGGAGAAAGAAUGGAAGAUUUACAAGCAGCGAGUGAUCGAUUAAAUAUGGUGGGAACUGAAUUUAGAGAUGCUGCAAAAAAGGCUCAACGUCGUGCAUGGAUGCAAAAUAUUAAAUCCCGAAUAAUUGUCUUUGCCAUUACAUUGACAGUUAUUCUUUGUAUUAUAGUUUUAGACAUCGUCGUGCUUUACCUCGUCCUGAGAUAGCAGAAAGUUUUAUAAGGAACCAAGUGCCUAUCAUCAUAAAGUAUUCCUGACCAAAUUGGUCUCGAUGUUCACCAGAUUUACCAAUUUUUACCUCUAAAUGUAAUAUAUAUUGUUUAUUAUUUCUUUUACAUAACAAGGCUGCUUAACUCUAUAUUAUAUAAAUAAAUAUAUAUAUAUAUAUGUAUAUUAUAUUUGAAACUCUUUAUAAAUAUACACAAGUUUUCAUGAAAA